GUGGAAACUGAAGUUGGGAAAUGAAACCACAAUGCAGUCAUUCUGACAAAAGGUGUGGUGUAAGCUGACUAUUAAUGAAAAGCAUUUCCCUUGACGUGAAAGUGAAAGUGACUCGCAGAGUACUUAAUGCGAGAUCACAAAGGAUUUUGAUUUGGAUUUUAGAUACAAACCGCUAGCCCGAGAUGAGCGCGCCUUUCACGCCUCGCGGGACGCCAUGUGGGCCACUGCUCCAAAACCUGUGGGACUACGUGAGGAAUGAACACGACGGUGUUCUCCUGUCCCCUUACCUGCCCGCGAUCUGCGCUCUUCUGACCCACGUCGCGUUUUGCGCACCUUUCUUGGUGCUGGACCUCUUCGGAGCCAGUGAAUGGCUGCGCGCGUGGAGGAUCUCCGCGGAGGAGCCGCCGCCACCUCUGCGCGCCUGGUUGGGGUGUCUGUGGAAGAUCGCGGUCCAAUACCUGACCGUCGUCCUCCCCGUCACCGCGCUCCUCCAGAAACCGAGGGGUCACGUUCGGCUCCCCGAGUCGUCUCCAACAAUCUGGCAGCUUUUUGUGGACGUCUUUGCCUGUUUGCUGCUUUUUGACACGCUCUUUUUCUUUUGGCACCUCUGUCUGCACAGGUUCCCUUGGCUCUACCGCAACAUCCACCAACAACACCACCAGCACCAGGCGCCCUUCGCCCUUCAGGCCCAAGACGCCAGCACAUCCGAGCUGCUGUCUUUGCUGCUGCUAGCACGUUUCAGUGCCUGGUUCGUGAACUGUCACCCCCUGACUGAGAUCCUUUUCCACAUUCUCAACACCUGGCUAGCAGUGGAAGACCACUCUGGCUACAACCUCCCCUGGGCUCUCCACAGACUCCUACCUUUUUUAGGAGGGGCCCCCCACCACCACACGCACCAUAGUCGGCACAAUGUCAACUUUGCCCCCUAUUUCACCCAUUGGGACCACCUCUUCGGCACAUACAGCUGGGAAUGAGGGUAUACAGUAUGGAUGUUUGAUCUGUGCAGCUGACAUUUCGGUUUCAGGGCAUGAUGUUUCAAAAUGUCCAUCUAUCCCGUUCUUCAGAUCUCUACUCCUCAUCCUGUACAGCAUUAAUGUCAAACUUUUUUUUUUUUUGUCACAGGCCACAUUGUAGCUACAGUUUCCCUUCGAGGGCUGCUAUGACCAUGAAAUUCUAUCGUAUUUACACAUGAAAUGUAUGAACUGGUUUUGGAAUCAGAAAUCAAGGGUAAUGGGUUUUUCAACUAUCGUUGAUGUUUGGGCACACAAAAAUGCUUGCAAUAUCUAUUGUCAUUUAUGAUACAACUUUGAAAUGUUAGUAUAGAUUUGACAAAAAAUCAUGGAAGUUGAUACACUUGUUUUGCCUUCAUGGGCCACAUAAACUCAUGCAGCGGGGCGGAACCGGCCCCCAGGCAUUUAAUUUGACCCCGGUGCCGUACAGGAUAGCAGGUGUGAGAUGGUAAACUCGGGACUUGUUGCCAGGCAGACCAAAUGGAUACAAGCAACUCUCCUCUCACAUUCACACCCGGAUCAUUUAUUUUGUUCAAUUCACCAAAUUUGUAUGUUUGUGUAAUGUGGAAGGAAACUUCAACCAUAACUUUUGACCCCAAUGCUGCUAAGUUUUAAUUUAUUGUUGUAAAAAACUUGAAUAUUCUUUGUAAUAUCUUGUAUAUAUUUUGCACAUGUCCAAUGGCAAUUUCAUCUAAAAGAGCAAUAAAUCGUUAUACAGUGUUGGCUUCAUUUGAACUUUAAAGUUAUGCAAAGUUUUUACUUUCUCGAGCUCUGCUUGGACCAAUGCUGCAUUUGACUUUUCCGGGACUGUUCCUUUUUUUAUGAAUUACUCAUUGAAAUAUAUAUAUGAUUUGACUCGGGCGGCAGGGUGAUGUGACUUGUUUGAGCGUUAGCCUUACAAUUCUGAAGACCGGGGUUGAAAUCCCGGCCCCGCCUGUGUGGAGUUUGCAUGUUCUCCCCGUGCCUGCGUGGGUUUUCUCCGGGCACUCCGGUUUCCUCACGCAUCCCAAAAACAUGCAUUCAUUCGAGACACUAAAUUGCCCGUAGGUGUGAUUGUGAGUGGGGCUGUUUGUCUCGAUGUGCCCUGCGAUUGGCUGGUAACCAGUUCAGGGUGUACCCUGCCUCCUGUCCAAAGUUAGCUGUGAUAGCCUGCAGCUCUCUCACAACCCUUUUGAGGGUAAGAGGCUUUGAUUCUGGAUGGAUGAUUUGAAUGUCAUUAAUCCUGACCGCAAUCCUAACCUUUACUGGCAGUCCUGAUUAUUGUUUGAAAAGCUGUAUGUUGAAAUACAUGCAGAGUGAUAUAGUCUCCACAUGUCAGUGCAGAACCAGUGUUGUACGUAGACUCACUCAUAAAUCUUUGUGUUGGUCUUCGUGGUUGCUGCUGGUAAGUUCACAAGUAGAAACUGUGAUCUAAAGCAACAUUCCAAUGUUAUUUUCCAUGUCGGAGGUAUGAAGUUUCAGACUUUACCUUUGUCUGGAAUGCAUUUGUAAAAGCCAGUGAAAUACCAAGAAAACUACCAGGACUUCAUUUACAGAAUAAGCUUAUGUCUUGAAGUAUACUAGCAUUGAGAGCUGAUGAAGUUUGAACAGAAGUUUACAGAAGUUUGUAUUGUAUUACAUAACAAUAAUAAACACAACAUGAGCAGUGUCCGGCUGGUCCACUAAUAUUAUAAACAACUACAGAAUCUUAAAGCGGAGACAAUAUUCUUCGUUUUUCAAUCCAAUGAUUUCGAGAGCCCCACGAUAUACUGUAUUUUCUAUUGAUGUGGUGUUGUUUUGUCUUGCACAUAUUGUCAACAAUGUGAAGCUGUUGAUUUUAGGUAUCUAUUGUGCAAUGUUAACU